UCGUCACGGUGCGCGCAUCAACGAAAAUCCGUUGCGGAAAAACAAGAACCCACGGGGGAAAAUUUGUCUUGUUGCUAGAGGUUGGCUUUAAGGCUAUACAGCUCCCGAGUGCAUCGUUUAGGUGUUAAUUCCAAUUGGAAUAUGCGCGCCUCUGUCUGAGGCGGGGCAAAGUGCCAAACGCACUGUGAAAUAUUUAAACGCAAAAUGCGCGCCAUAUUAUAAAAUUCGUAUUCAUAUUGAAAAGUGUGCGCUGCAAUAGCAAAUUGUUAGCGAGUGCCAACAGAGCAAAACAGCAAAGAAUUCAAACAAUUAACAAGCAGUCAUUAGUUAAACAAUAAAAGCGCCAAGUGCUAAUUUAAGGUGCUAUUCAUCGCUGCAAUGGAGAAGAACUUUAAAGGCCUCUUCACAAUCGGAUUAUUUCUGGCGCUGCUCGGCGGCGGCCAAACGCAUCUGAAUAUAUUUCUGAACCUACACGAGGUGCUUCGUCUAAUCGGCGUCUCCGCGGAGCUCUACUAUGUGCGGGAGGGAGCCAUCAAUGACUACGCGCUGAACUUUGCGGUGCCGGUGCCGGCGAACAUUAGCGAUGUUACGUUUACCUGGCAGUCGCUGGUGGAGCAUCCGCUGCCCUACAGCAUCAAUGUGGCCACCUCGGAUGUGGGUGUGCUGCCACGGCCGAUGCUGAACAUCUCGCGCAUUGGCGAUGUGCCCCAGGAGCCACAGACAUGGGGCGUCAGCCUCAAGUGCUCGGGCACGCGAGCAGCGGAGGUGACCGUUACCAUCAGCGUAGAGGUCAUACUGGACCGGGCGACCAACAACAAUACGAAUCUCAUCUUUAAACGUAAGAAAAUUUGCUUGAAGGACGAGCCAAACGACGCACGGGAGGAAUACGAUGACGAGGAACCGCUGCAUCCGGACCUGACUGGUCACGACGAUAUUCACUACACGGAACACAAUGAAGACACCGCAGAGCAUGUCAUAUCCGACGGCCACGUGCCUUCGAAUGUCGACCAUGGCAAGGCGACCGAAAAUCACCGUGUGCUGGUUACCGAGCAGCCAACCGUUAUUGUGGGACGAGGUGCUGCUGGGGCAGGCUCGAACAAUGAGUACGAUCCACUUUUGCGGGAAACUCUCGUACCGCCCACCAGCGGGCUGAUCACCCUGAUAGUUGGCGGCAUUUUGGCAUUGGUGCUCGUGUCGACCCUUAUUUUGAUAGCCUACUGCGCAAAGGGGCCUUCGAAGCGACAUCCCUCGAACGGCGUGCAUCUGAUUAAGACGUCCAGCUUCCAGCGCUUGCCCACCAUCUCCUCGACGGCACACAAUUCGAUCUACGUCUGUCCCUCGACGAUAACACCCACAUAUGCGACGCUGACGCGGCCCUUUCGCGAAUAUGAGCAUGAGCCUGAGGAGUUCAACCGCCGUCUCCAAGAGCUGACAGUCCAAAAAUGUCGCGUGCGCCUCUCCUGCCUCGUCCAAGAGGGAAACUUUGGGCGCAUCUAUCGCGGCACUUAUAACGACUGCCAGGAGGUUCUGGUCAAGACUGUGGCGCAGCAUGCAAGCCAGCUACAAGUAAACCUUCUGCUGCAGGAAUCCAUGAUGCUCUAUGAGGCAACACAUCCCAAUGUCAUGGCUGUGCUCGGCAUUUCCAUCGAGGACUUUGCCACUCCAUUCGUGCUCUAUGCCGCCACCGGCAGUGUUCGCAAUCUGAAGACCUUCCUGCAGGACCCGUCGUAUGCCAGAAGCGUGACCACCAUUCAAACGGUGCUGAUGGCCUCCCAGCUGGCCAUGGCCAUGGAGCACUUGCACAACCAUGGAGUCAUUCACAAGGAUAUUGCGGCCAGGAACUGUGUCAUUGAUGAUCAGUUGCGCGUGAAGUUGACCGACAGCGCCCUAAGCCGCGACCUCUUCUCCGGUGACUACAACUGCCUGGGAGAUGGGGAGUACCGACCCAUCAAGUGGCUGUCGCUCGAGGCACUGCAGAAGUCGCACUACAACGAGGGCAGCGACGUCUGGUCCUUUGGGGUGCUCAUGUGGGAGAUGUGCACGCUGGGCAAGCUGCCCUACGCCGAGAUCGAUCCGUAUGAAAUGGAGCAUUAUCUAAAGGACGGCUAUAGACUGGCACAGCCCUUCAACUGUCCCGACGAACUCUUCACUAUUAUGGCCUACUGCUGGGCCUCUAUGCCCGCCGAGCGGCCCUCGUUCAGCCAGCUUCAGAUCUGCCUAUCGGAGUUCCAUACACAGAUCACCAGAUAUGUUUAACCUGCGGUAAUGAAGCACACCAAGACCUGUAAAUAUAACAAAAGGCGACGUCGUAAGAUUUCGCAGCAAACGACGUCCGCAACUUUGUUUCCAAAGACAUAUUUAAAGUAAAGCGCCUAAGGGGGCGUCUAAGAAACGAUAAUGUGGGAGAUAUGGAUACGAGUGAGGGCCCAUUGUUGUCCCCCACAAUAAAUAGUUACUUACUAAUUCAUAAUGUGGGUAGUAGUCGAUACCACGAUUAAGAAAAGUCGCAAAGUUGUGCACUGCUCUAUAAGUAUUAAGCAGUUAGGUAAUUAGGAUUAGGAUAGGAUGACAUUUAAAUGCAAGAAACAUAGUAGUUGAACUUAAACACCAGAAUACAUUUUAAAGAGACACAUUCACGAAAGAAAACCCAGUUAGGGAUUCGCUGAGAGUCACCACAUAAGCAUAACAUAACAUUAUAUAGAUACAUAGCUAAAGACAAGACCCAUAAGAAGGUAUACCACUUUGGAGGAGCUCGGGCAUAAAUUCGACGUUAAUAAACAGCAAAAUAAGUAUAUUAUCGAAUAUAUAGAAUAUCUAUGUAAAUGUAUUUAUAUGUGUAUGUAUAUGUAUAUGUCUAAGACCGUAGUGCUAGAAAACUCGAAUCUAUUGUAUUUAAUUAAUGUUAAUGACUUCAUGUCGAAAUCCAACGGUGCACUACAGAACUUCCCCAUUUAGUUCACCAGCAUCCAAGAUCCCGGGGACUUUCGAGUCGAGCCUACGAUUUGUGUUACUUGAAAGUUUUGUAAUAUACUUAAGCAUUUCGCAUUAGUUUUAUGUUCCCCUUUAUGAGUUUUAUUCUUAAGAAUAACGAAUGAAAACGAUUUCAAUAAACGUCCGUGCAUGAAAUUCAAAACCAAAGAAAUGCAUUCACGAAUUGCCUCCGUCUGCAAAGGGGAAAUGGAAAAUGGAAAAUGGGAAAUGGAACGACAGUUAAGUAAAAUAUUCUUGUGUAAGUAUAUCGCUAACAAUUGAGCCCCAGCCACGCCCAACACUUACCCUAAAACAACUUGUGCUAAGAGCAAUGCGUUGUUUUGGGCUUACCGUGCGGAGGCGACGCUGCCACAACGAAGGGGGCUGGGUUAACCACCUGCAGCCCGCACACUCGCACACAAACACAGCAACACAUAUACAUAUACGAGAACGAGCCAAUCUCUUUGCCAGCCCAAGCGUGCUGGCUACACAAAAGGCAUGUAAUGCCAACUGCCUAUUUGAGGAGUGGAAGCGGAGCAGGAGCUGGAGCAGGAGGUGCCUGCCCACACCUGUACGUGGAGAGCCUGUCGAGCGCGUGUAGAGCUUAUGAGGUAGACGCUAUUUCAUGGUAUGCCCUUUGAUGGCCUGCACUGACACUACUUAGUUUUUGGCACGUCAUGGCGCGGCUCGAUGUUGCCUGUGUCCUUUUUAAUAUGCCUGUCACAGCGUCAGCCAGUCCAGAGACUAGUUUCGUGUCCUUCCGCCUUCCUUCUUCCUGCUUGCUG